UUUCGUUGUUUUGGAUUUUACAAUCAAAAUAAUUCAUGCUGAUUUUUUGCAAGCCUUAGAAACUCACAGCAUAUGAUUGGAUAGUAGACGUCUAUUUUUAGUUGAUCAUUAGUUUUAUAUGGUUGUCGAUUUCCUUCCCGCUUAAAAUAAGUACGAGAAAGAACAUGGCGGAUGAAACAUGAAUUUUAGGAGAUGUUUUGCUGUUUUGUGCACUGAAAUAUGGAAGUGUUUGUGAAGCAUUAACCAGGAAGCAUACAUAAUUUGAAACGUAAUAGAACAAAAUUAAAGUUAAAGAAAAGCAAAGAUGCUACGGACAAAUCUUUCAAAUUUUAGAGUUAUGUUAUUCUUGCUAAUUUUUUUGCAAUUGAUGAACAAAGGAUUGUUGCAAAUGUUUGAACUUACCGAACAAACCUUCGAUCAGUUUACAAAAGACAAAGAUAUAAUGUUAAUUGAAUUUAUUAUGCCAUGGUGUAAACAUUGUCAAAAAUUGCAGCCAGAAUGGGAGAAAGCAGCAGCCGUAUUGGCUAGCAAUAAAGAAUACGUCCUUGGAAAGGUGAAUUGCUGGGAGGAUGGAAAAUCAAUGUGCGAUAAAUUAAAAAUUCCAAUGUUUCCCGAAAUACGUUUAUAUCGACAUGGAGUUUUCACGGAGAAAUUUGACGGAGACCGUACGGCAGAAGCCAUCCUAGAUUUUAUACAAAGAGCUCAAGCCACUACGGGUAAAGUACAGUCAUCCGCUCCGCCAGCGGCGCCGCAAUUGAUUCCGCCAGGUGCUUCAACACAGCCAGCGGAGCCGCAACAACCAGCUCCAGUUUUACCGAUAAAUGAACCUCCAGCACCGCUGCCGCUGCCGCCGCCGCCUCCACCUCCGCCUCCACCGCCGUUACCCACGUACCCCGCUACAACUCAACGACCGUACGUGCCGCCAGUGCAGACUACUACAGGUGCGCCAGCCAUAGAAGCAAAACAAGAUUUCUUACCUUACCAAUCAUUAAUCCCGCCGCCACCAAUGGUGCAACCAUAUCAGCCACCGCCUCAACCAUUCUUUCAAAGAGAACCAGUAGCACCAAUUGUGCCAGCAAUGAUAUAUGAACCACCUGAGAAAUAUCCGUCAGCAUCCUCUAUUACUGGAUACAAUGCACACCCUGCAGAACCAACAACACCUGAUGUCCAGCCCUCGUCAUCAUUUGCUGGAUUGAAAGCAGAAGACAACUACAGCAAUAACAACGGUAACGCUCAUUUUUGGGAUAAUUUUGAUAGAAUGUCUAAGCAAAUCAAACAAUCAUACAUGAAUCCGCCUUCGCAAAAACAACAACCGCCAACUCAACUUUCUCAACAAAUACCAAAUGCUUCGCAAAGUCCUCUAUCGCAACCGCAACCACCGCUGCCGCAAAUUCACCAACCAGCACCCCCACCUGUGCAACUGCACGCUUACCAGCCAACUUUGCCACAGGCACCAGUAAUAGCCCAAGUACAGAGUGAAGCGCAGCCUCAAUUUCCCUCUGAACUGGAAGCAAAACUGCAACAACAAAAAGCGUCCACCUAUCCAAAUAUUGCCACCUUAUACCAACAACCACAAGUUCAAAGCCCACCGAAACAAGUCUUUCAAAAGCCAAUAGCGCCACUUCCACCGCCCCGACCGGCAGCGCCGCAACAAAAAAUUACAAAGUAUCAACCUCCUAGUCUUUGGAAUUACGUCAAAGAUCCGAAAAAAUUCAACUUUCUUAUGUACUAUCCCAAUCCAGCCGCAGCGCCACUAUCAUACUCUCCAAACUCGAAUCAACAACAAGUCAAUUCGUACUUUGCAAAUUAUAAUAGCCGACCGCCGGCCCCGGCGCCUAGCAUGUUCAUGCCGGUGAAAACGUACGAAAAUGUUUGGAAUGGACAAAACAGUAGACCAUAUUUCAAAAGUUACUUCAGCCCGUAUAGGGAAAUAAAAACUGUCGACAUGCCGGUCUAUCCACCCGUCACUGGAAACCAAUUUAAAAAAGAAACUCCUCUAAAUCAAGAGAAUCCAUUAGGAUUCUAUAAACCGCGGCCAAUUUUUCAUCACCCGGUCAACGAAGGUAUGUCACGCCUUCCUUAUCAAACAUUCACGCUGCACAACCCACAAGGUUUAGCUAACGCUCCUGCAAAUCCAAACACGGCAAGAUACCCAGCUAAACCCAUCAAUAGACAUUUUAAACUCCCGCCAUAUUUAAAGUUGAAAUCUCCAGGUUAUUACAACAUGUUGCGCCAAAAAGGAUUAGCCGGUUAUGUUAGAAAACCUUUAGAAAAUUUUUUACCUGUUCACGUACCUGGAAAUCCGAACGUGUUCAAUGUCAGGACGUACUGGGCUCGCAAUCCUGUAAUGAAUGCUGCAAGAAAAGCGGACAUAUACGCACGUUUCCAGCGGCCCCAAGCAAGACCUUCUUUACCUCACGUGAUACCGAUCACAAAAGAGAGAGCUCUACAAAUUGCUAAAAUACGCGCGGCUCGAACAAGAAAAAAGGGGCGCAGGAUCUCAAAGAAACAUCUAUAUAGUCGUCCUUGGAAAGCCCAAAAAUAUGUACCGACGAAGAAAUUUCAGAAAUCACCUUCCAUGAUAACAAUAUUGAAUGUUGAAGAGCCACGAACGGACCAAGCUCUCAUACGAACUAAAGUACCGGGAAAGUUAAAACCGUAUAAAAGUCCCUUACAAAGUAACUAUAAUAACAUUCGUCUGCAGCAACUGGAAGCUGCUAGAAUGCGUUCUUUACAAUAUACUCCUCCAGGGAGUGUAAAAAAUUCCGUAGAAAGUAUGUUUAGUCAACUUCACGAUCGUUUUUCAAGUAACCAUGGGAGAGCAUCUGAACUAGCCGCUCUUAUGUCAAAGGGAAAUGCAGCCAAGGUUCAUCAAAAAGACCUCGCUCAUUUUUUCAAAAAUUCUCGUGCUUUACCUGCAUCACUCCCAACAUCUAAAAAAUCCGAUUCGGUGUUUCCAGCGAAGAAACAGGAGAAACCGAUAAACUUGAUCGGAUUUUGGGAUAAACUUUAUAGAUAUUAUUCGAAGCGAGAGAAAAUGAUUGGUAUAACUCCGAGACCGAUUAGAAAAUUGACAAAGGAAGAAAGUAGGACAAACGUUAAAGAGUUGGAUCUAGUGGAGAAUUUUCUCGAAUCGAAAUUCUCGUCCAAUGCAAACGAACACGAAGUUCACUUUUCCCGAAUUAAUGACAAAAAUGAACCUACGGAAUAUGUGCCAACAAAAAACCAGCCAACAAAAUCUCAAACGACCACUAUUAUGAAGUAUUCCGACAAAAUAGAACCCGAUAAUAACAUGUAUAAUCAGUUAAAAUUUUCUCUUAACGGUAUGUCUUCUUUAUCUGAAUCGGAACCUACUGCUCCAUCUAGCGUAGCUAAAUCCGAAAGCAACUCCAUAGUCCGGUCAGAACCGUCUAGACCCGGAUCUAACCCGAUAACUAAAGAUCCUCCGCUAGACAAAGACGUGUUUUCACCGGAUGAAAAUAAACAUGCUAUUCCGGAUGCAUCGUCAAAAACCAAACCGGAAGCUAACCAAGUAGGCGAAUCUGUCAAAGAAAGUGAAACUAAAGUUGACGUCCAACAAAGCACUGGCGCUAACAUCAAAAAUGAAUUUAUACUAAAAGCCAUGAGCCAUAAUCCACAACCAUGGGAUAAGCGCGCCAAAGUGACGUUUAAGCUUUCAAAGAAAAGCUUGAUACCGGAAAGACCACAAAAAGUUUUAGGUGUUUGGGGUAGUUUAAAAAAGAAAAAAAGAAGAAAGAAGAAGAAAAGACGAAAGAGGAAGCGAUCUCAUGAUGAAUUUGAUUGGAUACCACUGCCAUUGCGUCAUCAACGUAUAAGAAACGAAGUCACGUGACUUGUUUCUUAUAAAACAUAAUGGCUUUCCUAAAACCA